GGGACCUUUAUAGGGAGCGCCGGCCGCGCGCUGGGAAGUCGGUGCCGCCGCCGUCUCCGCGUUCGCCAUGCGUCCCGGGGCGCCAGGGCCACUCUGGCCUCUGCCCUGGGGGGCCCUGGCUUGGGCCGUGGGCUUCGUGGGCUCCCUGGGCUCGGGGGACCCCGCGCCCGCUGGCGUCUGCUGGCUGCAGCAGGGCCAGGAGGCCACCUGCAGCCUGGUGCUCCAGACUAACGUCACUCGGGCCGAGUGCUGCGCCUCCGGCAACAUUGACACCGCCUGGUCCAACGUCACCCACCAGGGGAACAAGAUCAACCUCCUUGGCUUCUUGGGACUUGUCCACUGCCUCCCCUGCAAAGAUUCGUGCGACGGGGUGGAGUGCGGCCCGGGCAAGGCGUGCCGCCUGCUGGGGGGCCGCCCGCGCUGCGAGUGCACGCCCGACUGCGCGGGGCUCCCGGCGCGCCUGCAGGUCUGCGGCUCGGACGGCGCCACCUACCGCGACGAGUGCGAACUGCGCGCCGCGCGCUGCCGCGGCCACCCGGACCUGCGCGUCAUGUACCGGGGCCGCUGCCGCAAGUCCUGUGAUCGUGUGGUGUGCUCACGGCCGCAGUCGUGCGUCGUGGACCAGACUGGCAGUGCCCACUGCGUGGUGUGUCGGGCGGCACCCUGUCCUGUGCCCACCAGCCCCGGCCAGGAGCUCUGCGGUAACAACAACGUCACCUACAUCUCCUCGUGCCACCUGCGCCAGGCCACCUGCUUUCUGGGCCGCUCCAUCGGCGUGCGCCACUCAGGCAGCUGUGCAGGCACCUUUGUAGGCACCCCUCAGGAGCCCCCAGAUGGUGAAUCGGCGGAGGAGGAAGAGAACUUCGUGUGAGCCUGCAGGACAGGCCUGGGCCUGGCGCCCAAGGCCCCCCACCACCCCCUGUUAUUUAUUGCCACAGCAGAGUCUAAUUUAUAUCCCACGGACACUCCCUAAACCUGGAUUCAGACCACUUCCGGGGAUCCCAAAACCCCCUGACGAUAUCCUGGAAGGAUUGAGGAAUGGAGGCCUGGGGCUGGCUGGUGGGUGGGAUGGACCUGCGUCCCGGGCACUGAGGGCUCAAUUUAGGCCCUACCCUGAGUCCUAUUGCCAGGGAGGACCCCACAUUUCUGCUUCUUUGGGGAUAACCUAUUAAUUAUUCCUAUCUUCAAGAGGGCUGGGCAUUCCCUGCUGGUAAUUCCUGAAGAGGCAUGACUGCUUUUCUGAGCCCCAAGCCUCCUAGAACCGGGGCCUUGGGCUCAGGCCAGGAGGUGCAGAGGAGGUCUAGCCUGGGUGUGAAUGAAUGGUCUA